AGUAAAAUUAUCGAUUCACAAGAAAGGCAGUAUUCACAACCGGUAUUUUGUGAAAUAAAAAUAAGAGAUUUUGGCAGAAAAGGGAAUACACGAAAUUCAACAGCAUUUCUGGAGUUUAAAGAAUCAAGGUGAUAUAAAAAUGGCUUCGAUAAAAUAUGUGUGCAUAUCUUUAAAUGUUUUUCUUCUGUUUAUAUAUGUAAAUUCCAACGUUUUACGGCCUAACAAAGAGAUAAAUGGAAUUAUAACAUCACCAGAUGCUGAUGUUAAGGACAACCGUUGGUAUGACGACGACACUGUCAGUGAGAUUAACAGCUACUUAAAGUUUGAUGACAGUGGAAUGUUAAGGUUGAAAGAUACAAACACCCACAGCAUGGGGAACAUGCACCAGCAUAAUCAAAUCAGAUCUAUUCACCACUUUGCAAGACAUAAUCUCUGCAGAAAUAACAAAGGAAAAGUACGAUUUUACAGAGCUCUGAAAAACAAGCUUUGCAACGACCCCAAAAAUAAGACGAAUAUACUAUUAGAGGACGGUUAUAUAGACCAUCAUGAAAGGAAUUAUUAUGACGACUGAAGAGCACUUUCUUCACUGCAAGAUCGUUUCUACAUGGUUUAGUUCAUAUCAAGGCCUAUACAGGAUAAACGAUUCUUUGUACUAAACAUCAAGUAAAUGAAAUAUAUAUUUCUAACAAGAAAUACGUCUGAUGACGGAAAGCAGUGGAGAGUUAUAUAACUGUGAUAUUUUAAACAGAAAAAAAAACUUUCAAAUUUGCAAAGGUAUUUUGAUAUUUAUAUACACUGUAGAAUUCUCACUGCUAUUCUUUGCUUACACUAUAUUAUCCACUGCAGUUUUAGUUGCAAUGUUCCAAAAUGCGAACGUUGGCAUAAAUAAGGUUGUAUUUAUAUUUGUUGUGAGUUCUUAAAUGUAGUUAAUCAGGUGCCCGCUCGUGAUGAAAUAAUGCACGGAGGGGCACCUGGGGGUCUUCCUCCACCAUUAAAAAAGCUGGAAAGUCGCCAUAUGACCUAUCAUGUGUCGGUGCGACGUUAAAUCCACCAAAAAAAAAAGAUUUUAGUAAAUAUUUUUCAGAUCUUAACCAGCUGAUCAUUUACACUAAAUUCUGUUCACCAAGUUCUUAAUACCCGUCACAUUUUCACUGGGAAUUCUUUUAAAAUUUGAUUUUCCUUAUUCUGUUUGCCCAAUCAAGACAUCGUUAUUUAGGCACGAGUAUAAGUUGAAUAAACAUAUUUUGCCAAAGGAAUAAUAUGAAUAUAAGCACUAAUGUAUUAAAGUUGUCAAAGAUUUCCAUUGACAAAUACAUAUUUUGCGAAAUUUAAUUAGAAGUGCAAGUUCAUUGAAUUAUAACUACCUCCAUUGUAUGAAUCCAUUUAUCUUCAAUCUGUCUUGGUUGCGCAACCAAGAUAGACAAAAGGAGGUAAUAAUAAUAUUUUAAACUUGCAUUUCUUUUUUGGCAAAAUAUGUACUUACCGAUGCAAAUCUUUGACAACUUUAAUACAAUAUUGCUUAUAUUCAUAUUACUGCUUAGGCAAUGUAUGUUUAUUUAAUUUAUAUUUAUGCUAAAAUAACACUAUAUCGGUUGGGCAGCCAAAUCCAUUGAAAAUCAGACGGGUACUAAGAACUCGGUGAACACAAUUGAGUGUAAAUGAUCAGUUAGUUAAGUUUUGAACAAAUCCAUUUGUUGACCAAAAUCUGAUUAACCACCUUUAAAUUUCCAAGUUAUAACGUUUAAGGUUUAAAUAUUGCUUGCAUACUUGUGUUAUUCGUCUAUUUGGUUCAGUAUUAAACAAUUUACUUGUUGUAAUAAGAGUAAAAAUGUGUUUUGUUAUGAUAAGGGUAAAAAGGUGUUUUGUUAUAAUAAGGGUAAAAGUGUGUUUUGUAAUGAUAAGGGUAAAAAGGUGUUUUGUUAUGAUAAGGGUAAAAAAGUGUUUUGUUAUGAUAAGGGUAAAAAAGGUAUUUUAUUAUGAUAAGGGUAAAAGGGUGUUUUGUUAUGAUAAGGGUAAAAAAGGUAUUUUAUUAUGAUUAGGGUAAAAGGGUGUUUUGUUAUGAUAAGGGUAAAAAGGUGUUUUAUUAUGAUAAGGGUAAAAGGUGUUUUAUUAUCAUAUUAUCGCCAGUAUUAUGAUUAUUAUAAAUGAGUCGUGCCAUGGGAAAUCCAACAUAGUGGCAUAGCGCAUCCGCGCAGUCUGGUCAGGAUCCAUGCUGUUCGCUAACAGUUUCUCUAAUAGCAGUAGGCUUUGAAAGCGAACAGCAUGGAUCCUGACCAGACUGCGCGGAUGCUAUGUUGGUUUCCCCGUGGCACGGCUCAAAUCAACAGGUCUUUAACCAGCAUAUAAUAUUUCACUUAUUUGUUUAAGAAUAACACAAACUUUUAUUUUGCUUACAUAUUUGAAUCAUAUACUCUGCUUUUGCCAAAAGUACUCUUAAAUAAAUCAGAUGAUACAGUAUUAAAUGAGAUUUUUUCUCAAAUCAAUACAAACCGGCGAAAGGAAUUAUUUUGGAAAAGGUUAGCUACGUAUGUAGUUUUAAUACCCUCAUAUACAUAAGUGACGUAUUUUCAUAACAAUACAACAUGCUUUGUCAAUAUUUGUAGUAUUAUAUUGUUUGUAAUGUUGCACCCAAAUAACCAUAUAUUGUGCAAAAAAGAGGAUAUAUUUUCGUCUUUUCAUGUCCUAUAAUGCUGGUAUUAGACAUCAUGCUUUAUUGACUUUCAUUUGUUUAUUUAAAAGCUUUAUUGUUUGUACGUUUCAUUAAAGUUAUAUUAUUUGUAACAUUCCGUCCAAGAUGUCUCUUGUAAAUAGAAAUAUUUAACGAUAUGUUUGCUUGAAAUAAAACAUUG